AAGGGACAAAAUGAUGAGACGAGAUAUAAAGGUUGACUUCCAAGUAAAGGAGGCGAAUGGGGUGACGAGAGUCGAUCUCAAGGCUAUAAGAUACAUUGAGCCAACGGAAGAUGCACCAAAAGAGUUUCCUCACAGUUACGUUGUGUUGAAGGCUGCUCAGGAUUGCCUACUGGUUUCAUAUGGCCAGGCAAGUAAUGGAAAGCGAAAGUGUUUACUAUGGGGAUUAUCAGGAGAACAUGUCAACAAUGGUACUGAGUGCUUUGAGGUACUCGACUUGCUUUGCACUCAAGACAUGUACGAUAUGACGGAAACUGACGGUCCGUGCCAGCAAUACGAUCGUGACGAAGAGAGACAUAACAAGAAAGCAAAGCAGGAUGAAGAAACACUUUAGCGCCGUGUCCAACAAAUUGGUGAAAAUAAAAUAGCA